CUGACACGAGAAUAGUUAUGUGACUUCAGAUUACGGACACUUUUGGGGAUUCUAUUUGCAAAAGAUACACCAGUUGUUAGUGAAUUUUUUCUCUGUCGUAAUUGCACACUCAAAAAUGGCUUUGCUAAUGAGAAACAUCUGCAAAGUUCUCCCAAAGGCUACCCAAACUGGUGCUGUGAGGAGUAUAAGUACGAGUCGAGUGCAUCAUCAAGAGACUCUCAUUGAACAAGAAGGUAAAGCUAAAUGUACUCUAAUUCCUGGAGAUGGUGUAGGACCCGAAUUAGUGGUAUCUGUUCAGCAAGUAUUUGAAGCUGCCAAUGUUCCUGUAGAAUUCGAACCAUACUUUUUGUCAGAAGUUAAUCCUACUCUCAGUGCUCCAUUAGAGCAAGUUUCUAAUAGUAUUGCAAGAAACAGAGUCUGUUUGAAGGGGAUUCUUGCUACACCUGAUCAUUCGCACACAGGAGAGCUUCAAACAUUGAACAUGAAGCUCAGAAAAAAUCUGGACUUAUACUCCAAUGUUGUACACGUAAAGUCACUGCCAGGAGUUAAAUCUCGACAUCAAAAUGUUGAUUGUGUUAUCAUCAGAGAACAAACUGAAGGAGAAUAUUCUGCUCUCGAGCAUGAAUCAGUAACAGGGGUCGUUGAAUGUUUGAAGAUCGUUACUGCCGAAAAAUCCCAAAGAAUUGCCAAAUUUGCCUUUGAUUAUGCUGUCAAGAAUAAUCGUAAAAAGGUUACAUGUGUUCAUAAGGCAAACAUCAUGAAGCUAGGUGAUGGAUUAUUUUUGAAAUCUUGUCAAGAAAUUGCUAAAUUAUAUCCUAGAAUCAAUUUCGAGACUAUGAUUGUUGAUAACUGUACAAUGCAAAUGGUCUCUAAUCCCCAUCAAUUUGAUGUAAUGGUGACUCCUAAUUUGUAUGGUAAUAUCGUUGACAAUAUUGCUUCAGGGCUGGUUGGAGGUGCUGGAGUUGUUGCUGGUGCAAGUUAUAGUGCUGAAUGUGUCGUUUUUGAACCGGGCGCACGUCACACCUAUUCUGAAGCUGUUGGUAAGAAUGUAGCUAAUCCAACUGCCAUGCUUUUAUGCGGUGUUAAGCUUUUAAAUCAUAUAAAUUUGAAACGUUAUGCUACACAAAUUCGUGAAGCAUUGAACCGAGUUUUGAAUGAUGGUAAAGUUCGUACCAAAGAUCUUGGUGGUCAGAGUUCCACUACAGAGUUCACUCAAGCUGUGAUCUACUGUCUUCGUUAAUGAAUUUAAUCGUGUAAUUGUACAAACAAAUAUUAUAUUCGUUUGAAAGAGAAGUUUAGGAGUAUAUAGAGAAAAUUGAACAGUGUAAUUUAAAAUAAAUAAUGUUGCAUCAAUUGUAGCUUUCUUAGAAA